UGAAAUUUAAGUUCGUGUGAUUUUACCUUUUCCGGGAGUCUCCAGCUGGCCCUGGUUUGUGUCAGGAGCGCAGUGUAGACAGGAGUUCUAAGUAGACUCAGUCUCACUAAGUUUCUUCUCUUUGGAAGUGGGGGAGGUUUUCCUGUUUUUUUUUUUUUUUUUUAAGGCAGUUUUAAUAGCUUUGAAUACUCUACUCUCUUAAGUGGCUAAACAUAGGAAGGGGAGAAAGAACACGUCGGUUGUUAAAGCAGGGGAGGAAGAGAUACCUGCCCUAUAGCGUAACUCCUCUAGAAAUUAAUAUAUACACAUCACAGUAUUUUAAUAAAUCCCUAAAAUGUCGAGAUAUGUACAAGAUCUUAGCAAAGCCAUGUCUCAGGAUGGUGCUUCUCAGUUCCAAGAAGUCAUUCGACAAGAGCUAGAAUUAUCUGUGAAGAAGGAACUGGAAAAAAUACUUACCACAGCGCCAUCACAUGAGUUUGAGCACACUAAAAAAGACCUUGAUGGAUUUCGGAAGCUAUUCCAUCGAUUUUUGCAAGAAAAGGGACCUUCUGUGGAUUGGGGGAAAAUCCAGAGACCUCCAGAAGAUUCGAUUCAGCCCUAUGAAAAGAUAAAGGCCAGAGGCUUACCUGAUAAUAUAUCUUCUGUACUAAAUAAGCUGGUGGUGGUGAAACUCAAUGGUGGUUUGGGAACCAGCAUGGGCUGCAAAGGUCCGAAAAGUCUGAUUGGUGUGAGGAAUGAGAAUACCUUUUUGGAUCUGACCGUUCAGCAAAUUGAACAUUUGAACAAAACCUACAAUACAGAUGUUCCUCUUGUUCUAAUGAACUCUUUUAACACGGAUGAAGAUACAAAAAAAAUACUACAGAAGUACAAUCAUUGUCGUGUGAAAAUCUACACUUUUAAUCAAAGCAGGUACCCGAGGAUUAAUAAGGAAUCUUUACUGCCUGUAGCAAAGGAUGUCUCGUACUCAGGGGAAAAUACAGAAGCUUGGUACCCUCCAGGUCACGGUGAUAUUUACGCCAGUUUCUACAACUCUGGUUUGCUUGACACCCUUAUAGGAGAAGGCAAAGAGUAUAUUUUUGUGUCCAACAUAGAUAAUCUGGGUGCCACUGUGGAUCUUUAUAUUCUUAAUCAUCUAAUGAACCCACCCAAUGGGAAACCCUGUGAAUUUGUCAUGGAAGUCACAAAUAAAACACGUGCAGAUGUAAAGGGUGGGACCCUCACUCAGUAUGAAGGCAAACUGAGACUGGUGGAAAUCGCUCAAGUGCCAAAAGCACAUGUUGAUGAGUUCAAGUCUGUAUCAAAAUUCAAAAUAUUUAACACAAACAACCUAUGGAUCUCUCUUGCGGCAGUUAAAAGACUGCAAGAGCAAAAUGCUAUUGAUAUGGAAAUCAUCGUGAAUCCAAAGACUUUGGAUGGAGGCCUGAAUGUCAUUCAGUUAGAAACUGCAGUAGGGGCUGCCAUUAAAAGUUUUGAGAACUCUCUAGGUAUUAAUGUUCCUAGGAGCCGUUUUCUACCUGUCAAAACCACAUCAGAUCUCUUGCUUGUGAUGUCAAACCUCUAUAGCCUUAAUGCAGGAUCUUUGACAAUGAGUGAAAAGAGGGAAUUUCCUACAGUACCCUUGGUUAAAUUAGGCAGUUCUUUUACAAAGGUUCAGGAUUAUCUAAGGAGAUUUGAAAGUAUACCAGAUAUGCUUGAAUUGGAUCACCUCACAGUUUCAGGAGAUGUGACAUUUGGCAAGAAUGUUUCACUAAAGGGAACAGUUAUCAUCAUUGCAAAUCAUGGUGACCGAAUUGACAUCCCACCUGGAGCAGUAUUAGAGAACAAGAUUGUAUCUGGGAACCUUCGGAUCUUGGACCACUGAAAUGAAAAAAAAAAAAUACUGUGUACACUUCAUACUAAUUAUGGGCUAAACAGUUUCUUAACGAUGAAAUGUUCUCUAGGAUUCUAAAAUCGGCAGGUACUUUACUAUGCUACUGUACCCUGCAGUGUUAAUUUUUAAAGUAGAGUUUGCAAUAUGCUUUUAGUCCAAGAAAAAGCACAGUUGGAAGCAAUACUUUUCUUUAAUGAGGAUCCUGAAAGUUCAUCUUAAAGUGCAAUAUUGUUUAAUCUUAAAACUGGGGCAGCUCUGCUGGAACAUCUUUGAACAGAGGCCUCAAUGAUGGUCACUUUGAAUUGCUUGUGAUUUAAAAAAUAAAGCUGUGAGGCAAUCCA